AUGUUAAACCCAUGCAGAAACAACCCGAUAGUGGCUAAGUCACUUAAAUAUUCAUCUUUAACAAAGUCAUCCAUACGACCAAUUAUCACAUCAUCUACAACCAAUCAACAAGCAAUACUCAAUAGUAGCACAAUAACCAUUGAUAAACCGUUGGUUACUGGAUCAGGACCUUUUGUCGAAGUACCGAAAUUCAAACCAAUUGGAAAUCCUGCCAAAAUCUUACAGGUGGUUUUACCCCAAUCAUCGAAAUUAAAUGUCCGAUCAAUUUCAAAUUCAAUAAUUGCCAUUGAUAACAGUAGUACGGACCAGGCACCAGAUAAUGAAGCAUUUAUUGUGAACAAUAAACAUUCAGUUAUUGAUUAUCAGGAAAUAUAUAGUAAAUGUGAUCUUAAUUUGAUUAUACAGGGUAACAAUGAGAAUAACUUCAAAUUGAUUGAAUUGAAAAAUCAACAGCUGAAAAGCCAAGAUGAUUGGAUAAUUCUUCAAGAUUAUAAUUUGAUUGGUUGGAUUGAUAACUUUAAACUAAAUAUUGAAUCAAUUGAUUUGUUAGACAAGUUUUCAAGCUUAAAAGUUAAUGGUAAUGGGUAUGUUUUAAUUGAUGGUGGAAGCAAUGAAGUAUAUGAGUUGGAUUUAGAUGAAAACGAAGACAUGUUGGUCAAUUUGAAUAGUUUAAUUGCCAUUAAUAAACCAUCAUCAAUAUCACUUGCGACUGAUUUGAAAUAUCAAGUGAUUCCUUAUUUCAAUGGUAUAUAUAACCCAAUUAGUUCAUAUGUACGGAUCCCAAAAUUUUCAAUUCCUAAAUAUGGAAUAACUAGUGAAGUGUUUAAUCCAAUAAGAAAAUCAAUCCACACCUUAACUAAUAACUAUAAGAAAUUUGUACAAAACAUCAAGACUGAAGCUGAUAAGUAUCAUUGGUUGACCAUCAUUCGAGCAAACACAACUAAAAUUUAUCAAUAUAUUUAUAGUAAAUUGUUCUAUAAUAGUGAAGGGAUAUUACUAAGAAGAAACCCAAUAUUUAUGAAAAUUAAAGGUCCUGCUAAACUAAUUAUGAAUAAUAAUGAAACGAUAAAUAAUAAUAGGUUAUUUACCUUCAAAGAAAUCAAAUCGAUCAAUUAA